UGCCGCCCCAUGUCCGGCAUCGUCCUUACUGGAAUCGCGGCCUGUCGCCGCUCUAGUUACUGUCUCGGGCUGUUGCGUGUCUCAUACCGCUCCCGCUGCGUCCUAUCGGGGCCGCUGGCGUCACUUCAGCCGCGCCGCCGUAAGCACGACGACUCUAGACCGGUGUCCGGCAAUUCUGAUGACGCGAUAUCAAAGGCUCCCGGUAGUACGCGCCCGGUGGUGCCCAUUCACAUGGGUGCAGGGGUCACUCAAGGAGGCCAGAAGGAGGAACCGGGCAAGGGCGCCGGGGUGGCAGCACCACCCAACCCUCCGGAGGUUCCCUCCGAGCGACGACCGGAGGCUCCUUUCGAGAACAGCCCGGAGCUACCAAGUGCUCGCCCAUCACCCGCCGAAGUCAAGCCGCAAAGUCCGAACACCAUAACUUGCAUCUCGGACAAUCAGGACUCCGAUGUCCACUCUCCAAAUCAAACCUUCUUUCAGCUCGGCCAAUUGGAUGUAAAGUCCUCCAACGAGGAUAAUAAUGGGAACUUUGAUGAUAAGUUCCAAUCAAAUCCGGCUCAGCCGACUGUUGAAUUCAUCAACGAUCCCAAGUAUAAUGAUGAUCCCGUAUAUGUUGAAUUAGGUUCGGAUAGCCAAGGUACUGAUACACCCAAGGUACCCGAUGGCAAAGGUAAAUCCAAAGGUUUUAUCGAUGCCACAGAGGACACCAGCUAUGCCAACUUUUUCUCAAACGAACCAAUGACGCCGGAGCAACUCCGGAUAAGAGCCGCGCUUCAGUCUCUGUCCGAAGAAGAACAAACGACCAAGCUGCUCAAGGCCAAGGCAAAACGAGAAGAAACCGCGUCGAAGCAUGCGACCAAAUUUGCCAAAAAGGAGCCCAACAAACAGGACUAUCACGGAGCCAAAGCCACUUCCAAGCCCUCGCCUCAGUUCCAAUCCAAAGCGGCCAGCGGAGUUGCGAAUCCUAACUCUGCCCUGGAUCAGAAGGCUAUAAAGUCCAAGCAUGAUCCUAAGGUGAAUAAGGCGGGAUCUUCUAAUCCGAAUCUCUUUAUGAAGUCCACGCCAGCGACGCCGAUAGAAAGAAAGUCAGUUGCUCAGACCCCAGCCCAACCUGGCACCUCGGCAGACAACUCAGAAAGAAGCUCCUCCAAAAACCAAAAACCCAUGAGCUCCAGUUUUGAUUUGCCUGGAGAAGGCAAGAUCGCUGGGCCACAAAGGAAGACCGGGCAGUCUUCUCUCAGCCUCAAAACGCCCCCAAAUGCACCGUCGUCGAUCGUUAAGGAUAUACCUCCUCCUUCAACAAAGAACACUUACCGGAAGUUUUGGCGUCCCAAUGAUAGCACUAAAGAAGGAUCAGACGCAGAUCUGAAUGUGCAUAAGGGAGAUGCGUCUGGUCUUCCAGGAGAUGAGGCAGCAGUCACAUCUGAGGCAGCAAACUGGCGGCUACACGAAACUGGAACCGGAGCGCAAGAACGAAAACCAGAAGCAGUAGCUCGGGAGAUACUAAACCUGGUAAAGAUACCGGAAACCUUGCCGAAAGCAGUUACCUCAACUACUGAAGAUUUGAAUAAAAGGAGUAAGACUAUCGAAAGUAAAGCAUCCGAUAAGGAAAGUUCGGAGUAUUUUAAAGAUCUUUACAAUCAAACUAGAACUGAGUACCAUAAACAGCCCGACGAAGAUCUUGUAAAUAAUGAUUAUGUCCAGAAAUGGAUAGAGAAGUUCAAAGUGCAGCUUGAGGAUAAGCAAGCGAUGGAUGUAGAUGCAGUUUCCGUAAAAAAAUCAAAGGAUAGCACCCGUCGCACUGUUCCUGCAAAUCCAGACUCCCCCUAUGCUUCUAUGAAACAGGAAGCACCAGACUACUCGUUUAAGUCUGAAAUGCCAUUACCCAUCAAAAUCGUAUGCAAUAACGACAUGCCAGAUACAUCGUCCUCGAAUAUUAAACCGAUAAGCAGCUCGGAUCUCAAGUCGGAUAAGGGCAUUACCAUGAAUGUAGUUGGUGCGGACACGAAGCCUGUCGAGUUUAUCCUGAAUCCGUCCUCCUCGCAGCGGCAGUUUACUGCAGAAUCUGUCUCAGUGUUCGGUAAGACCGGGGAAGGCUCGGAUCACUCUUGGAAGAUGGGUUCUACCAAAAAGGAAGACACUACCCCAAAAACCACCCAGGAGAUUGUGGCCAUGUUUAAGGAUGACACCGAAGGUGAUCAGACCAAAGCUCAAGAGGGCAGAGUAAGGGAAUUAUUCGAACAGCUGGACAAAUUCGAUAAGGGACAGGAUCGCUGGUGGACUCUAGACGAUCUCUCAAAGGCGACCAAGACCAGUCAGGCAGAAGUUCGGGCCAUAUUGGCCCCUGGUUUAACCACUAAAAGUAAGAAGACUACCAUCUCGACCUCGGAUUUCAAGUCUAGCAAAGAAAACGAUUCAGCCAACCAAAGUAAGACCCCCGGAAUCGCUACUUCGGAGUCUAAGUCUGCCAAAGAAACUUCCUCCAAAAAGGACUCAUCCCCGAAAGAUUUAUCCAAGAAAGAUCUUUCCCAGAAAGAUGCCUCCAAAAAAGAUGCCUCCGAGAAAAAUACUCCCAAGGCAAGUGUUGAAAAAGAUAAGGGCGGUAAAGAUCAUUUUUCGGAUCUAAGCAACUUAAAUACAAAGAUAAGGAAGCCAACCUUACAGGACCUCAUGGAUGAAAAGAUAGAAGAGAAGGAGAACUCUGAUGAAAUUGCCAAGCUGGCCCAUAUGGAUUCUAAAAUUUUGGACGACGAAUACGGCCUGGGAAAGGACGACAAGAAGAAGUACAUGGAGGAGAUAGCCAAACUAAAGGACGAGUUAGAGGAGAAGGAAGACCAUAAGAAGAAAACUAAUGAGCUGAAUAACAAAAUAUCGUCCUUUAUGGAGGCCGCUGAGCAGAGGCGCCGAAUAAGGAAAGCCACCCAAAUAGCCAAGUAUGCAGACUCGGAUAAGGAUUACCAGCCUACAUCCGAGUUAACUCCGGGUGAUCUUUACGAUCCCAUUGCCGACGAGGUUUCGUCCUCGUCACACAAUCCGCGGGAAACGGCGGAUGCUGAAGACAGUCCCAAAGAAAUCAGGAGGCGAGAGUCUUCCGAAGUCAAAUCAGAGAAGGACGACAAAGAUACUAUCCUGUCUAUGGAUGAGGCCAAGACGAAGGUUGACGAAGAUGAAGCAAAAACCAAGGUUGACGAAGAAGUAAAAAAGGAAAAUAUUUUGGAGAAAAAGAAACCCGAGGUGGACCGAGGCGAACUGGCUCUGAAGUUGCUGGACAAGGAAACGGCCAAGCCUCCCGUGGAUCUUAUUCCUCCUCCUCGGCCUGCUGAAAAGUCCUUUAUACAAAUAUUGUUUGACAAAAUCUUGGGCGGCGGCAAAAAAGGCGGUGACGAGCCCAAGCGAAAAAUGUCCACGUACGUGGGUCGCCGUCAAUACAGUACUACCUCAUCCUUCAUAUUUCCUUCCGCCACUCAUGUGAUUGAGAAUCAACCUGUCAGGAAAGAAGAAAUCCCAGAGCCUGAAGGAAAAGAGCAAAGCCCAAGUCACUGUUCUAUGCAGGAACCACAGAUCCCCCAGCGCUCCUUUUACCUGUUUGGCAAGAAGGACAAGAAAAAGAAGUCCAAGGACCUGACUGAGAUCCAGGGCGGUUCACCUCUCUGCAAAGAUCCCAAGAAAACGCCACGCGAACUGCUCAAGGAAAAAGCCCAGAGCAGGGAUAUUAAAAUCUUGGGCGGCUCCGUUCCUUGUGCCGAGAAGUUGGCCUCCCUUGAGAAAGAUGGUCAAGACGACGACUGUAACACCCGGAAUUUUAGUUCCGGCGUAUCGCAAUUCGCCCGCCAGAUCUGGUUUUCUAUAUUUUCAGAUUCAACCGAUCGCUCCAACAAGGCCAAGUGAAGUUUCCAUAUCUUUGCGGACUGGACGUCAGCCUGGCUACGUUUCUGGUCCUGAUAACGCCAAUCCAUUGGAGAGUCGUGCUGAUGGUACUAUCUUUUUGGAACCUAAUGUACAUAAAUAUAUUAGGAUAAUGUUCCGGGACUUUCAAAAUUAAAGAAACAAGCUUUACUUAUUUGCGAUUAAGUUUCCUGGAUUUUAUAAAUUAGUUUAUCACAACUGAACUUAAAUGAAAGAAAAUGUUAUUUUAUGGAAAUAAAAUUCGUUGUUUAAACUUUAAAGAAAAAAUA